AUUAGCGAGUGGAUUCCUAUAUAAAUUUGCUGUAAUCCAGAUCCCAUCAUCAGUUUCAAUCCAUCAAGAUCAUCGUUCUAACCCAAGUACGAAGCCAUGAGAUACGUUGGUGCAGCCAUUCUCUUCGCCUUGGUGUUGGGUACCCAAGCAGGCUUCUUGGGCGACUCCGGAGGUCAUGAUGGCGGCGGUUUGGAGUACGGGGGCGGCGGCCACGAGCUCUCCUUGGAAAGCGCGGGACACGGCUGGGACAGUGGCUGGAAGGGCGUGGAUUUCUCGGGCCACGACGGAGGCAGCGAACACCACGAGAUCCCGACUAAGACCAUCGAGCACACCAAACCCGUACCGAUCCACGUGGUGAAGAAAGUCGGCGUGCCGGUACCACAUCCCGUUGGAGUACCCGUGCCACAGGUCAUCAAAGUCCCAGUACCGCAUCCCUUCCCCGUCCGCAUAAAUGUACCAAAACCGGUGGCGGUGCCAAUCUACAAAUUGGUACCUCAAGAAAUCGAAAAGAAGGUUCCCAUUACUGUGGAGAAACUCGUCCCCGUGUACGUGAAGAAACCGUACAAGAUUGAAAUUGAGAAGCACCAUCCAGUUCAUAUCAACAAACCUUACCCCGUCCAUGUACCUGUCUACAAACACGUCUACCACCACGUCCCAAAACACGGAGGUGGUGGCGGCGGUGGUGACGGCGGACAUGAAGGAGGCGGAUGGCAUUAAAUGAUCUGAUGCUGUUUCUUGUUGAUUAGUUUUACCUCUUGUUUUUGUUAUUACUUUUUUACUUUUUUAUUAUUAAAGACUGUUUUUCUGUA